AUGACCGAAUCCACCCAAAUCAAAGCAGACAUCAAAAAGGCCUACGAUGCCAUCGCCCCCAAAUACCUGACCUGGACUGAAUCCACGCAUAAAGUCCGCCUAGGCUACGUGGAAACCCUCCUGAAAAACUUCAAUUCCACUUCACCACUCUCAAUUUUGGAAUUAGGCUGCGGCGCCGGCGUCCCAGUAACCCAACACCUCUCCACCCUCCCAAACACAACCGUCACCGCAAACGACAUCUCAUCCACGCAAAUCAGCCUCGCAAAAACCCACCUCCCACCCUCAGUCACCCUAAUCCAGGGCGACAUGAUGGAGCUCACUUUCUCAAACGAAUCCUUUAACGCCGUUUUGGCAAUGUAUUCGAUUUUCCAUCUCCCGCGCGAAGAACAAGUUACCAUGUUAACGCGGAUUUAUGCCUGGUUGAAGCCGGGGGGGUUGUUGUUGGCUAAUUUUGCGGCGGGGGAGUUUGAGAACGAGUUUGAUGCGGCGUGGCUGGGUGGGAAAGACGGGGUUGUGCAUUGGAGUGGGUGGGGGGUUGAAGGAACGAGGAGGGUUUUGAAGGAGAUUGGGUUUGGGAUUGUGAUUGAUGAGGUUGUGCAGGAUGAGGAGCGGGAGAUGGAUGGGGGGGUUAAGAAGGUUGAUUUUCAUUGGGUUAUGGCUAGGAAGGUGUAG